AUGUCAUUCGAUCACCACUCUUCGAGGCUCAACACAGCUCACUCCCUGCACCUUUCAGCGCUCCUGCAGCUUCCAGCUCCUCCUGCACCUUUCCAGCGCUCCUGCAGCUCCCAGUUUCUCCUGCACUCCCAGCGUUCCUGCAGCUUCCAUCUGACGACCUUUAUCCAGUGCCCAUCGACGUCUAGCGCCGUUAUCGUCCGGACACCGUUCAAACGACCUCUGUCUGCUUACCAUCCACCGUUUGCGAAUAAAGACACGAUUUCCAUCGUUCACAACGGACCAUCUGUUUUUCUUGUACGGUCGAUUGGCACUCCCCUUGGCCUGCUGCAACAACUUAUUCUCCAUGUGUCUCUCGGCGAUAGGACACCAUCCCCAGCUCCUCCGCCUGAUGAAGAGCCGCCUCCAGGGAACAACACCAUGGCAGAACCCAUCCUCCGAGGGUUAUGGAUGGAUCCGUGGCCGGGGACUCAGCCGACAAAGUGCACUCCCCAAGCUCACCAAAAGGUUCACCAGAUUGAGAGCCAAAGAAACUACACAACGCCUCGAAGAGGAGAUGACCCAGCUACGCGCAAGUUGAGAGACCUGAAACUCCCCUGCCGGAGGCAGCGAAACCCAGCACCACGCACGCGAAAUCGAAGCCGUGCCGCAGCUCAAGUCCAGGACAGAGAAACAGUACGCAAUAAGGCCCAGGAAACGAAUAGACCGACAGGCAGCGACGACGAUCCCUGGUCGUUGCUCGCUCACAGUCGUCUCUUCUACGUGUGGGACCGUAACAAUGGCCUCAAAUUCCUGGUUGACACUGGCGCAGCCAUCAGCGUAAUACCACCCACCCAACAGAGAUCCGCCUUGAAACCCACCCAUUCCAACUUCGAGCGGCAAACGGCUCCACCACAGAAAACCCAUGGGAACAAGGAACUCACCUUGAACAUCAACCUCAGGCGCGACUUCAAGUGGACGUUCACCGUAGCGACGUCAGGAUACUGCCCUUGCUCGGUGCCGACUUCUUUGGCACAUUACAACCUGGCUGUCCAUAUGAAGACAAGGACCUGUCCGACAAAUGACAACCAUCAAGAUCAUCACAGGAUCCCAUCGAGAGCUUCACUCAACUGGAUCAGCGUGGCAACACAGCACGACCCCCACUACGCAGAAAUCCUGCACCGGUACAAGCACCCACGCAACCCAUCAAACCAACUGAUGCAGGCGACCAUCAGACACAACAUCAUAUAA